AUGGCGCCGAAAUUGAAGAAGCAACCCUCUUCAGCCUCCAGGACUGCAUCAGAUGUGGCCCCAUCUGGCGAAGAAGGUGUGAAAAAGUCCACACCCUCUACCAACAAGGGAGACAAGCUGGAGUUUUUGCAGGAUUCUGGCUUCAAGGGUAAGCCCAUUGCGAUGACAGGGAGGCGCUAUGGAGUCGCCAUUACCUGGGAUCCCGUGGAUUUUGCCAAGCCCGUGGAUUUGGAUUUGCAAGCCAUCAUCAUUGACAAGCGAGGCUACAUCGUCGAUGCGGUCUACUACAACAAUCUAAUAGCCCUGAAUGGAGCAGUUUCACAUUCCGGCGAUGAAGUCACUGGUCAAGCCAGCGACUUUGAUGAGAUGGUCUGGGCCGUCUUUGCCAAGCUCCCAAGUCAGGUGAAGAUGAUGCUUUUUGUGGUAGCAGCCUGUGGUGAUAGUGCAUUGCGCGAUGCCGCAAAUGCGACAGUGCAUGUGGUCCAGGAGUUCCAUGGCCACACCGUGUUGAGAUUUCCCUGCGAAAAGAGCAGAGCAGAUGUAGAUGUGAUUGUCAUGAUGGAGAAAGACAACGAGGGAAAGUGGUGGCUGUACCAGGUCGAUGAGCCAGCAGAACAUGGUGAGCACUUCUUGGAUAUCCUCGAGCCGACCGUUGGAGACAUCAUCCGGCGAAGAAUCGACAAUGCUCCCAAACAUCAGCGAGUAACUUUCCAGAUGAAGAAGGGUACUGCUGUAGAUCUUCCGAAGAAUGCCCUGAAAAGGCUCAACUUCUCCGUGAUGGCCACCAUUAAGGCUAAGGUGCGGAAGGAAAUUGACCUCGACAUUUCCGCCCUCUUCACUGACAAGGACGGCAAUGCCUUGGGGGCCUGUUGGCAUGAAGAGUUGGAACUGUUCGGCUUUCAACACUCUGGAGAUAGAGAUGCCGACGAGGACAUGAAUGUAGAUUUGCUGCAAGUCCCUUCAAAGGUGCAUUCAGUAUACAUUGUGGUCGACCUCGUCGCACCCAACUACAAGGAAGUGAGCUUCCGAGACAUUACAUACGCUUCUUGCAUGGCAAAUGACCAGAACUGCAAGACUCUGGCCAGUUUUACUCUGGAAAGUGGUAAGGACGACUGUGAUGGUCUUCCAGGGCUGGUUCUGUGCAGAUUGGUGCGGAAUUCUUCAAAGCGUUGGGAGCUUGAAGCAGUUGGUAGCUUUGUCCCUGGCCCUUCUUGGAAGGAAGCGGUGCCAACAGUGCAGAAGCUUCACUACCCGAAAAAGGCGAAUCCGCAGAAGGCUGCCGCUUUGGAGGCGCCUGAGGAACCCAAGCACUCGAAGCGCAAAUCUCGAGUAGAAUUUCGAGGCGGUCUUCCGCCUGCUGCACAUGAAGGAGCGGUCAUGGCUCCCAUUCCAGACGUCGCGGAAG